AUUUAUUAAUAAAUGACAAUGGAUGUUUUUAACGUUUUCGAAAUAAGUAAAAUAUUAUUUAAUAAAGAGAAUUUCAUAUUUCGUCAAUUUUUUCCCCUCUUGUGUAACCAUCUUCACAUCAUUUCAAAGAAAUGUCGCCUCUUGAGAAAGAUAUUUAAUUCCUCGCCAACACUUUUUCUAUUGAAAUUUAUUGUUCAAUCAUUCGCAGGCUUCGCAGCUACAAGGGUUCUUUAGCGAUGAUAGAUCACAACUAACUAGGUCAUAGGUCGUUGUCUCAUCCACAAUCUCCGUAAGAGGAUUGUCGUUAAAAUUGUGGAUCAGUAUUACAGACUCAUUAUUUCUUCGACUCGCAGUUAUAUGACUGUGUCUUCUCGCGUCGACUGCGCACUAUCUGCUCUUAUCUGAAUGGAACGUUUUAACAAUAAUAACGCACUGCCUCUCUCGAUAAUACCAAGUUUUGUGGAACGUCUAUAGGGCGAUGCGUAAUCGCCGUCAUUCUGAUAACAGUUGAGAGAUUGAUGCUUCUUCGAGUUUUCAGUACGUUCUUGAUCGGUACUCUAUACGGAUCUAUAUAUUCUAUACGGAUUAUGGAACGUCGCGUUUCUACGUGUAUCUGGAUACAAAGUAUUCUGAAUAUCUCGACCAGCCGGAAAGUUCGCCAAACGUGACAGAUUCGCGCUCGUAUCAACGCUGCAACGGCGCGAAUUCAUAACUUCGCCAAUUAUUAUUGUGCUCGGGCAACACAAAGAGGAACGUUAACUUUCCGCUUCCGGAAGAGUUGUGAAAAAUCAACCCGACAUGGCAGCGACCACCGUAGUCGCUGCCUUCUCAGUCCUCAAGGAUCACGUCAAGUUCAAAGUCAAUCAGAAUUCGGUAGCAAUUGACAAUAUCGUUUUCAGAUUGCAUUACAGAGCUACAUUUCUGUUGCUUCUCGUUGCGUCCAUUCUGGUCUCCUCCAGACAAUUUAUCGGGGAACAUAUAAGCUGCGUCACCGAAGACAAGGGUAUACCAGCUCGUGUCAUGAACACCUAUUGCUUUUUCACGACCACAUUUACCGUGGUGAAGCAUCUGAACGCUACCGCGCUGCGGCGGGGCGAGAUACCGCACCCCGGCAUUGGACCAGUUGCCAAAGACGCGUCUGACCCCGUCAUACACCACGCUUAUUACCAAUGGGUGCCCUUUAUCCUGUUCUUUCAGGCGCUCCUCUUUUACUUGCCGCACUACCUAUGGCGGAAAGAGGAAGGCGGCCGACUGAGUAUGCUGGUAUCAGGGUUGCACUUCGCAUCUAUUUCAUUAAGUGAAACGGAGAUCAAGGUGAACGAUGACUUGAAGGUACCGUCGAGAAAAGAUCGCGACGAGAAGAUACAACAGAUUCGCACCGGCUUCAUAAACCGCCUGCACUUGAAUCGUCCAUGGGCAUACUAUCUGACUUUGUGCGAGAUUCUGAAUUUUAUAAAUGUGAUCCUGCAAAUUUACUUGACCGACCGGUUCCUCGGAGGAGCUUUUCUGAAUCUCGGCCCGUCGGUCACCCAGCCGGUGCCUAAGGAUGAAAUAAAGUCGCUCGAUAUAAUAUUCCCAAAGAUGACCAAAUGUACUUUUUAUAAGUACGGCAAGUCUGGUUCUAUGGAAACGCACGACGCAUUGUGCGUGAUGGCACUGAACAUCGUUAACGAGAAGAUCUAUACAGCCCUUUGGUUCUGGUUCGUCGUGCUGGCGGUGCUAACCGGUUUGGGAUUGGUUUGGAGACUACUGACCAUGAUUCUUCAUGCAAGAAGCACGUCAUUCAACAGGCUCGUGUUCUCCAUGGCGUGCCCUGGAAAGUACAAUCCGUGGAACGUGCUCAAGGUCACUCACGAGUACUACUUCGGUGACUGGCUGUUUCUCUAUUACAUAGCGAAAAAUCUGGACAAUUAUGUAUUCAAGGAACUCCUGCAGAGUUUGGCGGAGGAUCUGGAGAACAAACGUCAGGCGCGUUACAAAAUCUUACCGCUGGACGUGGAGCAAGAAUUGCUGAAGAAGCAAUGGGAAAAUAAUAGUACAUCUCCUUGAAAACGAAUAUAAAAUAGUAGGUAAUUAAUGUUUAACCCCUAAAUAAUUAUCUGCAAAUAGAUGAUUAUAAGAGUCAGAAAUAUCAACGAUAUAGAUAAAUAGAUCAAUUUUUUUUAAGUCCAUACUGCGUUAAUUUUGAAAAUGAUUCAAGCUGUAAUACAUAUAGUUUGAACAUUUUAUUAAUUAUGUCACGAAACUCCUAUGAGAACAUCGAUAGAAGGCCAAUGGUAGUUUAAUGGAUGGAAAUAUCGGGUAAAUCUGCUCCAAUUGCGCGUGAUUUUAUAACAACGCGACCGAUCAUAGCGUAAAGUUUAUGCCAUUAUAUCCGAGAUCGCUAUCUCGCGUGCAAAAAUGCGGACUAUGUGAAGUGGAUGGCGAGAAGCUAUAUAUUGCGUAUCUACAUGGACAAACAAUCGCGUGUAUUCACACGCGUAUUAUAACACUGCCAAAUUACCUCUUUAUAUAUAAACGUAUAAUACUUUAGUCGUGAUUUACUACGAUUGUAGAAUAAUGCGUCUCGCGUGUGUCGCGCGGUCGCAUUUGUAACCGUGCGCGCUGUUACGUGCCGCAACUACUGUACUGUAGAAUUUUAGAUUAUUGAUGCUCUCGAAAUUAUUGCGAGAUGAUUACAGAUAAUGUCCUAUACGAUAUUGUAGGAAAA